CUGAUUUCACCGAUCGUCAACCACCUCCGCACAUCAUCAUGCAGCGCCGAUCGAUUCGCCUAUGUGUGCCACCCGAACUCGAGCAAGGAAGGGGCUCAAUAGGAAAGUAGGAAGCUCAUCCGUCCGUCCAUCCAUCCAUCCAUCCAUUGAUCACAGGUGCUGCAGGUGGUGGUACCACCGGGUCUUCUGCGCCACGAUGGACUUGUUCAUCGACUGCAGACCUGAUCAAUGACAUCAGGAAAACAAACCAGCAAGCGCAGACAUGUGUGUCCGUGAGGGGUGAUGUAGACACCGCCUUCGACCUGAGAUGCCCCUGUAGUUAUUCUGGUUGGACGUCAUGAACUGCCUGGGAUCCUUGUUGCCACCAAACCUGCAUGGUACACGCAACCAACACAAGCAGCUUUCAGCAUGGCCCCGUUGUGUGCUGCUCUGUCCCUUACACAAUCUGCGACCGAUUUGGCUUCGGCGGCACGAAUUCAUCAGUCUUCAGGCGAUUCCUCUGACUCAUACAGACAGACAGACAGACAGACACAAUGAGAGAGGGGGAGAGACAAAGAGAGAGGAAGCCGCAUCUGCCCACCUCACCAUGGCAUUGGGAUUGUAUUUCUCCAGGGGCUUGUUCUUGGCCCCUGCAGACGUCACGGGCUUGGGAGCAAACUUCUCGUUGUAAUCACUGCCAGACACUCAGAGAAAAAGAGAGACAGACAGACUAAGGGGCUCUGCAGGAGAGUGCGGCACACACAUUCUCAGCAUACGCAUUCACCUCCUUUUCAGCUCUCUGACGGGCGGCGGGAUAAACUUGGGGCAUGGAUGCGGCGCAGCCAUCAAAGUGCCAGCGUGAACCAGAAUCUGCACACACACACACAAAGCACACUGCAAAGCUACACCCCCAUGGCCAGCAAGCACACUCACACGGCGCUGCUCACCUUGGUGGCACUCUCCCCCGCCCCUUUGCUGAAAUCGAGCAUCCCCAUCUCCUUUUCAGCCUUGGUUGGCUUACACAUCUUCUUGGUGGCAGCCUGCUGCUGCUGCUGCUGCACUUGCGGAGGUCCCGCCAUGUGGUCAGCUGUGGUCAGUGGAUGAACAGGGGGAGGCAGAGAGGAUUCGAAAUGGGAUGUUGACGAUUUUAUAUGGUUUUGCG